CUUGUGUACAUGUUCAUGGGCAAUUAUACCGCGCAACAAGUCACGGAUCACAAUAACGAUGUGUUCGUUAGCGUAUACAAUGUCCGGUGGUACACAGCCCCGUUACGAAUACAGAAGAUAAUAUUAUUUCUGCUGCAAAGAGGCGGCAAGGCUUUCAAUCUGACUCUAGGCGGACUGUUUGUGGCAUCUCUGAGAAACGCCGCCUCGGUAUAA